AUGAUGGAGUACUCGUGUUUCGACUUCAAUUUUCUUGAAGUUGACAAGAAAGUGAGUUCUCUUGAGGAUUUCAUUCAUUUCAUUGAUGCCGAGUUCGAGUUCGAGUCUUUCUCAGAUGUGUUGUUGUUAUGCGCAAGGGAUGUUGUAACUGGACUAGAUUAUCUUCAUAGCCACAACAUAGCCCAUAGAGACCUAAAACUUGGAAAUACUCUGGUUUCCAAUCAACAUUAUAUCACAAUGGAUGGUGACUGGGCUAAAGUGUACGCUGAGUGCCCCAUUGUCCGCAAACUUGCAGAUUUUGGUCUGAGCAGAUCUCCAGACAUGCAGACAACCUCAUUCCUGCAGACGAGGACUGAAUCAACUUGCCGUGGUACUCCUGUAUUUAUGGCACCCGAGAUCUAUUUAGAAAACCUCCGUUUCGCUGGCCAGGAAGACCUAAAGAAGGCCGACAUUUGGUCUUUAGGGCUUAUGAUGUUUGCCAUUAUCAAUCCCAACCUUACCCAUCUAUAUUCGGCUGAAUUUGAACGGUCUGGUAUUUCAUUCUCCGACAAGGCUCUGACAGAUUUCUUGAAACGACAAGAACUACCGUGUCACGACAAUAAAUAUGAGUAUUUCAGGAUAACUCAGCGGUGGCAAAUUGAAGAAGUAUUCAAGUUAUGCGCGAAAUAUGACCCAAGAUAA